GGUUUUCAGGUAAUUAUGGACAAGUUCAUCACCAAGUCCACCAAGCGCGCCGCCUCGGCCGGCGACGAUGGCGAUAAUGCCAGUCAUACCUCUACGAACAAGAAAGUCAAGUCGGAAAGUAUCUCGGCUCCUGCCGUGGGUGAUUGCACAUGGGAGACGAUUGGAACGGUGCUGUACAUGCACAACAUCCCCCGAAGCACAGGUGCUCCAAUUGCAGACAACACGCUCGCAUCGAUAGCAGCAUUCGACAUGGAUAGCACGUUAAUCUCGACGAAAAGUGGCAAGACGUUCCCCACAAACGCGAACGACUGGAAGUUCUGGAACGAGUGCGUCCCCGCCAAGUUGCGGGCCCUCGUCGCGGACGGGUACCACGUCGUGAUCUUCUCCAACCAAAGCGGGUUGUCCAAGGGCCGGGUUGGCGCCACCGAGCUCAAGACCAAAAUCCAAGCGAUUGCCGCCCAACUCAACCUUCCGCUUCGCGUGUUUCUCAUGUCCGCCGACGAUCAUAUGCGGAAACCUCGAACGGGCGCGUGGAAGCUCCUGCUCGACCACUGCAGUCUCAAUGUCGAUGCCGCCACCAGCUUUUACUGCGGCGAUGCAGCUGGGAGACCGAAAGCGCCAGGGAAGCCGAAAAAGGACUUUUCAUGCGCCGACUACAAGUUUGCACUUAACGUUGGCGUGCCGUUCCACACUCCCGAACGGUUGUUCUUGCAGUCCACGCUGAGCCUCCAUUGCAAAGAAUCGUCGUUCGACCUUGGCUUUGAUCCGAGGACAUUACUCCAUCCAGUAACCACACUAAUCGUGACACCACACGACGCCCAGGAGAUGGUGGUGCUGGUGGGAAGUCCAGCGUCGGGCAAAAGCUCGUUUUGCAAAGCGUAUUUUCCCGGCUAUGCCCGGAUCAACCAAGACACGCUGAAAACGGCUGCGAAAUGCAAAGCAGCGGCACAGGACUUGCUCUCCUCCGGCCGUAGCAUCGUUGUCGACAACACGAACCGCGACGUCAAGACGCGGGCCGAGUGGGUCGCGUUGGCGAGAACGAAUAAUGUUCCCGUGCGUGCGUUUUAUUUGGACGUAACGAAGCCAGUGGUGUUUCACUUGAACGAGUUUCGCAUGCUGCUCAAGGAACGACAUCCGGAUGAUCCGGAUCUGGCCAAACCGAAUGUGCCGGAUAUGGUCAUCCACGGCUUUUUCAAAAACGUCCAAGUGCCCACGGUACGACUACUACUACUAGUACUACUAGUCCAUCUACUACUACCAUUGCCCACUUGAUGCAUAUUCCACAAAAGCGUACAACUGCCACGAGUCCUCUCCGUUUCUCGGCGACCAAUGGAUACACAAUAAUAUAUAUAUUUUUGCAUGAUAAUAUUUCUUUUUCUAUCUGGUAUAGGUCCAAGAAGGAUUUGGGUCGGUCGAAGUUGUACCAUUUGUGCCCCUGCCAUAUCUCGUGCAAGGAAAUACAACAGCAGACGACUCCACAGGACCAACCCGUGGCGCCCUGGACGACCAAGACAAGGUCCUCUUGACGUCGUUUCUGCUGGGGUAAUCGACUUGUAAAAAUAUGUUUAAACAACUAUUUUUUACUGGGCGAGAAUCCCGCGAAGCACUGCGGCUUCGGCGGCCAUGUCGUCCACACUUCGACACACACGAACGUCGUCGUCCUGUGGGUCCAAGUCGAACGACGGACGGGUCGCGUCGUGCGUAGCCAGCUACAAAUCAUACACAGCGCACAUAUUAGUACAUAUAAAAAAAUCAAAAUAAUACUAAAUAUUGUCAAUAUGCGA